CUCUCUUUUUUCAAUUUUUUUUCCAUAUUUAUCCCCCAGACGUUGCGGCCGCCCUCAUUAUGGCAGCAACCGAAGAUCAGGUCCAGGCCCAAGAGGUGCCCUGGUUCUUGAAGACAUCAUACCCUGUCCUUUUCCCUACCCAUGAUGCCUUGUUCAAAUCACCUGCCGCCUUUGACAGUUAUGUCUCCGAUGAACUGCGGGGUGAAUAUGGGGUGAUGUCGAUGGAGUCCCUGGAAAUGGAAGACUCAAUGGACGGCAUCACUCUUGCUGGCGAAGAGAAGGAAUCAUCCCAAACAGAUCAGAAAAAGGAAGACGAAGAGUUUCUAAACCGCAUGUUGACGGAGAACUCGGACGUUGCCUUUCGAUCUACUCAAAACGCACUGGUCGACCUCUUGUUCGAAAUGGAAGAAGUCGUUUCCGGUCCUCGGCUGAAGGAGCUGCUCGACGCUGCCUGGGCUGUACACCCACUCAUCACUCUGAAAAUCAUCUUCAAUACGCGCUCAAUACACUUGGGCAAGAGCUCGAAAAACGUCUUCUACCGUGCCGCUGGCUGGCUGGUGAAGAAUCACCCGCUCACGCUGGUCGGUAACUUGAGAUGGCUCAGCCGGCCAAUCAUCGAGAAGAAGGUCAAGAAGGAGAACGAGAAUGAUGAAGGGUAUGUCAAAGUGGAAAAGCGUGAAGGGGAUGAGAAUGCAGUUGAUCAGUAUGAUGUUCGUCACGGAGUUUCGCACGGCUACUGGAAGGACUUGCUGAAUAUCCUUGUUUUGGCGAUGGAGAAGAAGCUGGAUGUUCUUGAGAAUCCUAGGGAUGUCUUGAAUGUGGAAGACGAGGAUAUCAAGAACGCUGUGCUGGCGAGGCGAAAAAGGAAGAGGGAUGGUGUGAGCUCUGCAAAGACCCCUCGAUCAGCCAAGUCAGCAAAGCGUGCAGCCGCCAUAGAGGCUUCUAAACAGAGGGCAAAGGCCAAGGAGAUGCGAGCGAAGCCCAACAGACACGUCUUGGAAGAACAGACAGUUCGCAUUGGAAACCCCGAAUUCGCCCAGCAAGUCGCAGCCUUUGAGGAGUCUCAAGCAAAAGCUGAAGCGGCUCGAAUAAGGGCUGAGAAGCGAGAACUAAAAGCCGCAGACCCAACACAUGCCCUGGAGGAAGAGAUAGUACGUAUAGGAAACCUCAAGUUGGCCAGGCACCGGGAACGAGAUGACCGGCAUGCGGCCUCCAUGGACAGAUUCAACACCAAUGCCGUUUACCGAACUUUACAUGUCGCCGUGGCGCGACUCUUUGCUGAGCAGCUUCACUCUGACCUGGCAGCUUUCCGGGACUCUGAUCCCAGAGCCAAAAGGGGCAUCUCUCUCUGUGCAAAAUGGGCUCCUUCGCAUGGCAAUUUCCACGAUAGGCAUACCUGCAUCAUCAGCUCCAUCGCCGAAAUCCUGUAUCCGCGAGAGUCGCUUGCGAGCGUAGUCUCUGCAUCAGAUAGUCGGGAGAUAUACCUACGCUAUGCACGAGAGGAGUAUCGCAAAGACGUGUCUGCCCUGAGAAAGCACCUUGAAGUCGUGGAGCGGGAUAUCAGCGCCAAUACAUUCGACAAGAUCAAGUACGAGCGCGUGCCGUCCAUCGCGAUGAAGAAUUACACCCGAGUCUUUAUUGCAAAGGAUCUGGAUCGCUUCCAAGAGUACAUUGGCAAGGUUGCCGAGGGAAAGGCCAAUAUCUCGGGAGCUGUCUUGUUGCCCUCUACACUAGUUCGCGCUGCAUCGAAGGCUCCCUCAUCCAACCUGAAGCAUCUCAGCCAACAGGAGCUCAUCAACCACACCAUGAGGGAAAUUGAGGCCAAGGUUGCCGAUGGCCAGUGGAAGACGCUCGUUCAGCGGAUAAAGGACUCGGGCACUCUGUCUUCGUGCAUUGCAGUGUGCGACGUAUCUGGAAGCAUGGGCGGCCCCGUCUUCAAGGACGGCACUACGCCCAUGCACUCUGCGAUUGGACUGUCUCUUUUGGUUGCAGAGGUGACUGAGGAGCCGUUUGGCGGCAAGUUUAUCACGUUCCACUCGCGGCCGUCGAUCAAGUCUAUCAGUAUGAACAAGACGUUUCCCGAGAAGGUUCAGGAGAUUAUGCGUGCGCCUUGGGGUGGGAAUACGGAUUUCGUGGCUGUUUUCGAACAGUUGAUUCUUCCCCUGGCCAUCGAAAACAAGCUCAAGCAGAAGGACAUGGUGAAGCGCGUGUUUGUGUUCAGUGACAUGCAGUUCGACUCAGCAGAGAGCAGCUACAGUUACUAUGGAUCGGAUGGACCUCAAAAACAGGCGACGUGGUCGUCCUCCUAUGAGAGGAUCAAAGCGAAAUACGAGGAGCACGGGUAUGAGCUGCCGGAGCUGGUGUUUUGGAAUCUCGCUGGUGGAAGAGCGGGUGGAACUGCGCCGAAGCCGGUGCUUGCGGGGGAAGCGGGCACGGCAUUGGUGAGCGGGUAUUCGCAGGGCAUGUUGAAGGUGUUUAUGGAUAAUGGAAUGUUUGAGGCUGAGGAGGAAGAGGAAGAGGAGGGAGAAGUAGAUGUGAAGGAUGAGGAUAUGGUGGAGAUUACUGCGACUGAGAAGACGAAGAAGGCGAAGAUGAAUCCGUUAGCGACGGUUAAGAAGGUGAUUUCACACAAGGCGUAUGAUAUGCUUAAAGUCAUGGACUAAGUAGAUGUUAUAAUAUGAUGAAGCAAUGUUAAUCUGAUAUUAUGAAUGAAAGUGGUGUUUUGUACAAUGUCGUGUAAGAGAUUUGUAAGUG